AUGGCUGGAUUGAGUUACAGCGUGCGGGAGAUUCCUUGCAGGUUUCGCCCGCGGGAAAUUUUGGUUUGUCUCGUCCCUUGGUCGCUCUCCUGGUGGUCGAUGUUCAGACACGUAGGAGUGGCGGCGCGAGGGGAGGUGUCCGUUUCCGUGCUGGAGAGAGCGGCGCACACUCGCCUUCUGCACGCUGUGUUCGAAGCCGCUCCUCAGGGUGUCAUCCAGGCCUACUUUCUGAUGAGGACUUACGUGUGGUGGGUGCCUCUGCUGAGCGUCUGCAUCUCCCUCGCCAGCGCCACCUUCAGCUACACUUUCUUCGUGGUCUACAAGUACUACGACAACGCCAGGGAGUUCCCAGCGCCGUGGAAGGUCCUGCUUGUGGCACUCAACGCUUUAUUCACCAAUGGCGGCAGAACGUUCGCCACGGCCAUGCUGGCGUUUGCGCAGCAGCCGUGGAUAGCAGCCGUGUGGGUUCUCUUCAUCGCUGCCUUGAAUUUGGUGCGGUGGAAGAUGAAGACGUGGGAGAACGACAGGCUCACUCGGAUCCACAUCAUAUCUCUCCUCGAGACGCUCUUCGUGGCAACCACCAGACAGAAGACCGUAUACACCACCUUCGUGUACGCCGUGUUCACCUUCGUGUUCAUGCAGCGGUUCCAUGUCCACGUCCUUGCCUGGACGAUGUGGGGCAUCACGUUCGGCGCGCUGGCGCUGGGGCUGGCGCUGACGCUCGCCACUUGGGGUGUCUACUUCAGGGCCUACGAGGAGCUCAUCUUCCCUUCGGAAUCAGGCCAGAAGCGAAACGCCGAGGAAUAUGAUAUCACCUGAGAGACGGAAGCCAUUUUGAAGGCCUUUGCGUUGGAGUGUGCUUACAGCGGCGUUCAGUUGAAAUGCAUGCCUAUAUUUCACUAAAAAGGUUCACGUGUAAUUAAAAAAAAAAAAGUAAAUCAGCGAAUCUUCGUGCAGUAAUGAAAUAAGUUUUUAUUAUAGAUGAUAUUAGAUGGACAUACUUGACUGAGAGCCAGCAAAGAACAAACGAAAAUUGUCACAGCUUGACCUUGUUUUUUCCGUAAUGAUACUCCCUAAGGGUCAUAGAGACGGCAAUUUUACUCGAAGAUAACACGUCCUUUUGUAACAUUAAUAAUGACCUAACACCUAACAUUAAUAACAUCUACUAUAUUGUAGCUGAGAAAAGAAUUAACGGUCAACACAUUCAUCAGCGUUAUCAUUGCCUCGAAUAAUCUCUUACUUAUAACUUCAUUAAUUCUUAGUUUUAUUUACGUUUUUUACUCUUCAUACUUUUGCUCGUAAUCUAUGCGAUUUAAUUUAUUCGUGACUCAUGUCUCUUCUUAUCAUAAUGCACUAUUAUUUGGCCACUCUCAAUGUCUCAUAACGUUAUAACUGCAUCCUGAUACAUGCAGACAACACGAAAAUUCAUAAUCAAGUGCUGUUUUUAUGUAUAUCUAUAGUCGCACAAUUGAUUUUUUAUUUUGUAUUGAAGGACAGAGUUGUAUGCUUGUGAUGAACAAUUUCUUACAGUGACAAAUAAAAUGCAUGGUAUAAAAAAAAAGUUUAUUAAAAUUAUGAUCAUACACCUUACUACAUAACAUGAACAUUCUAACAAUAGAACACAUCUCUGUCAAUCAUAAAAUUAAAAGUGGUUACAGAUCAAACCCUGCAUAACUGUUUUAUUUAUUAAAUAUUAGUGAUAAAAACAAUGCAAGGCACAGUACCUCAAAAUUCUAACUUAUAUGGAAAAUGACAAUAAGUUCUCCAGUUAACAAGCGAUACGAACGUAUGAUACAGACAUGAUAAAUUAAGACAAUAGUAUAUCGAUCAAAUGGUGUGUAUAUAUGCACACACACAGACACGCACGC